AUGGUUCCAGAGCUUGAAAUAGACGUGGUUUCCAAAUUCAGCAUGUCACCUCGGGCGCGCUAUGUGGAUUGGUCGGGUGAAAUUUCCAGCCUUUCCAAAAUUACACCCUGGACUCUGGAUUCUGCCAUGAUGACAUCGUCGUCGUUCUCAUCAUCCGAUGGCGACGAGGAUUAUAGCCCCGUUUCUUCCAGCACCAGCUUCAGCUUCAGCACGCCUCAAUCCCAGGACUCGAGUCGUAAUUCAUUUUGUAGACCCUGCGAUUUGGAUGCCGCCAAGAUCGUCAUGGAAGCAAAGGAGCAAUUGGAACAAGUCAUUAGGAAAUAUCAAACCGUGUUGGUUUUGUCCUCACAACAAGAAUCAUCCUUGACAAGUCGCGGAUUGUAUUAUUAUUCAGAAAUAGCGACAACGUAUUCAAGAACGAGUGCUGUCCUUGGCGAUGUAAAAAGGCACCACCAAGCGAUUGAAUUAUACCAAGAAGCAUUAGAGAUACGAUCGAGAAUUGGAGGACAUGAUCAUGACCAUAAUUGCGGUGAUACUACCGACCCAACGCAUUUGGAUGCUGACGCUCAGCAAUUCGAAUCUCCAUCUGGAACACUCCAGACUCACCAAGAAGCUUUGGAUGCUGCUUUAAAGACUCACGGGAAAGAUCAUCCGCUCGUUGCCACCAGGUAUCAUCGAAUGGCGAACAUACUUCAUCAUCACGGAAAACUUUCAGAAGCGACGCAAAUGUUUCAGCAGGCUCUGAUGAUUCGAUUGAAAACUCUUGGAAAGGAAUACCUCGAUGCAUGUGUAGGAAUAUUGUAUAGUUAUAUGGGUGAUUUGUUAAUGACUGCAGACAAAUUGGAGGAAGCAGUAUCCACCUAUCGACGGGCGCUGCGAAUAUUUACUCGUAUUUUGAAACCGAAUGACCGAUGGCUUGGUACAAUAUACCGACAGCUGGGAGAUGCAUUGGAUAUUCAAGGCAAUCAUGAUGAAGCACUGACAAUGUAUCAGGGGGCGCUCCGGUCAGAAUUGCAUCGAGCGAGACACGGAGGUUGCGAAGAGUUGCAAGUUGCAGCGUCGAUAUUCAAGAGGAUUGGAACCGUUUUGCGCAAACACGGCAAUCAUGAUUUUGCCAUGAAAAUGUUCGAGGAAGCACUUCAAAUCAAGAUGAAAAUUCAAAAGCAAGACUAUAAAUCCAGACGCAAGACAAAGUUAAAAAUGUAUGAAGAAUACCUUUCUUUCACGACGAAAGCCAAUGGUCGGUGGCACCCAUCGGUAGCUAUGGUUUGCAUCAAAAUAGGACAUCUUAAGAAUGCCGAAAGCAAGUACACGGAAGCAAUCCAGAUGUAUAAGAAAGGUUUUGAUAUUCGAUUGCAAUUCGUUGGACAAGACACUUUGGAUACUGCAAUUCUAAGCAACACCAUGGCAGAUGUUUUGACCAAACUCGGUAGGUGGAAUGAAGCAGUCAAGUACUACAAAAAGUCACUUGAGACUUUUUCGGCCGCCCUUGGACCAUACGAUCCAUGGGUAAGAACAACAUUUCAAAAGUUGGAGAACAUUUUCGUUGACCAAGACAAGCACGACGAGGCAUUGAUAAUGCACAAGGAAGUCUUCCGAUAUGAAUUGCGAGAAACCAGGUACAUUGCCACAUCGAAAUUGUUCUGGGGAACAAAUGACGCCGAAGAUUUCACGACAAAACUGUACAAGAAUGCUCUUGAGAUGCGGGCAAUGGCUCUGGCACCGGAGUAUCCAGAUGCUGGACGAAUGCACAAUGCUCUUGGAGAUCUGUAUUUCAGCCAGCACAAAUGCGAGGAGGCCACCGCGGUGUAUCAAGAGUCCCGCGCGCUCGAAAAGAUUUGCCUUGGAGCCAACCAUCCAGAUGGAGCAGCGGCGUGUGGCAUUGUCGAGAAAAUCUCAAAGCACAAAGACAAUGAACAUGAAGCCAUAGAGGCAUAUCACAAUAUCCUGGGGAUCGGCUUGCAAGCCCAUGUCCAUGAUCAUCUAUUGAUUGCAUCCAGAUAUCACAGAAUCGGCAACAUUCUCUGCAACCAAGGCCGAUAUAGAGAUGCAAUGGACAUGUAUCAGGAUUCACUAGACAUCCGAUUGAAGAAGAUUGGCUACAAUCAUCCCGAUACGACAUUACUGUUCAAUCACAUGGGGCAUGCAAUGGCAAAUCAAGGUAGCUAUUUGGAUGCUGGAAGGAUGUUCAAGCGAGCCCUGCAAAUAUGGCAGAAAGAUCUUAGAGAAGACCAUCCAAUGAUAUUAUCAACCUACCAGAAGAUGGUGGACAUAGCAUUUGAACAGGGAAAAGCUGCGGAAGCAGAGAAGCUCUACAAGGAGAAGAUUGAACCCUUUCGAAAUCCUUGCAUAUGA